UGACCCAUACAAAUUUAUAUUCAACACCACACAUGCAGUAAAUCAGACAGUACUCGCCUGAAAUCAAAAUGUCUAACCACGAAGCCCUCAAUCCAAUCCACCCCUCUGUCCUGCCCCAUCUCGACCCCGUCUUCAUCGACCUGUACAACACCCAUGUCGCCAAAACCCCAAAUAAACCCAUUGACCUCAGUGUCCUGCGCUCGAAAUACUCCGUCCUCUACUCCUACGGAACAGGCCCAGCCCCAGAGCCCGCGCGUAUAUACGACUCCCAGGUACCAGGCCACAAUGGCGACCUAAUCCCAGUGCGCGUCUACGAGCCCGCAACUGCAGGGCCCUGGCCCGUGCAUCUCGAUUUCCACGGCGGCGGAUGGGGCAUCGGCGAUCUCGACACCGAGUCGCACAUCUGCAAGCACCUCGCCGUGAAAGCCGGUGUCGCGGUCAUCGACAUCGGAUACAGACUUGUCCCUGAACACGCCUUUCCCAUUGGCAUCCAAGACUCGUUCGCCGCGCUGCAGUAUAUCCAUUCUGCAGGUACAUUCCCCAAUAUGGAUACGUCCCGUAUCUCGCUCGGUGGUGUGUCUGCGGGCGCCAAUAUCGCUCUCGUGCUGGGCCAUUUGGCCCGCGAUGCCGGGAUCAAACUCUCCCUGAUUACCGUGGGGACGCCCGUGAUAGAUGAUAUCUCGCGGUAUAAAAGUGCCAGCGAGAGCCCGUUCCCAUCCGUACAGGAGAUGGAACAUGCACCGACACUGAACUGGGCGCGUCUGCGGUGGUUCGAUGAUCUGAAGUGGCACAGUCUGUCGGCGGAUCCGGAGAUGAAGAGCAAGCAGUUGGAGGAGGUGAAAUGGUAUGCGAAUUUGCUGGAUGCGCCGAACUUCAAGGGCAUGCCGCGCACGGUCAUCUAUACUGCUGGGUGUGAUCCGCUGCGUGACGAGGGCGAGGCGUAUGCGCGCAGGCUGGUGGAGGCUGGGAAUGAGGUUGUCAUCAAGCGGUUCCCUGGGGUUCCGCAUCCGUUUAUGCAUAUGGAUAAAGAUCUCUGGCAGGCGAGGGAGUUCAUUGAUAUGACCGCUGAGCAUAUCCGUGUUGCGUUGCAUGUAGAUAGCCUCAAGACCUAACUGAGUAAUAUUGCUUCUAGAUCUCGAUGAUAUCUAUCUUCUUAGUUCUUGCUGCUCCAUCGCAUACAACUGCCUUGCCAGCGGUAUCACACUCUCCGCCAACCCCAUGAACUGCACCCCCAGCACGCGCUGCACCCUGCUAGAAUCACAAGAGUAAUGAGUAGACCUGAUCC